CUCACUGGGAUAUCUCAUGAAUAAGCAAAGUGUAUGCCACUAAUCUUUAAAGCAUAUCUGUGAGAUCAGUCCACUAUUGUGUUUGGUUCAAACAACACUAAGAGAAGCUCGCGACGCAGCUUACUGCAUCUAACUACAUUGAACCCAACUUGAAGAGCCAAGAGAAACAAUGCUACGCAGCUCUCGGAAGGACGAGAGUAGGACCCUGGCCCUACUCGCGCAUUUAAUCACUAUCCUCACUGUGGCGGCCUCCCAAUCCUCGCCCGCCACUCGCCCGACGGCCGUCCCUCUCCCCUCCGUGCCCUCCGUUGCCUUCAGCGAUCUUCCGCCAUUUUCCUCCGCAAGCCCUGAGGACGUAACGGCAGUGGAGGCCACCGCUUCUGCGACCCCGCCCUCGCUGGAGUGCAUCUCGGCGGACGACAAAGAGUUCAAGUUCGUCCUGUCCACGCACAGGAACAGCACUGGCCACUGGUUGGCGGAUCCCCCGCCCAAGCGCGUGCCCAGAGGGAAGGGCUACCGCUACUACCCGGGCUACGGCUUCUACAAGCGCCACCAGGUCCUCAAGUCGUGGUACGAGGCGCGCGCCAUUUGCGAGGCCGAAGGCACCGACCUCGUCGUCAUCAACUCGGAGGACGAGGCGAAGCUGAUGCUGGAGCUGUCCGCGCCGCUCAUCUUCCUGAAACCGGGGGCGGAGUGGAACAUCGAGGCGUAUGUGGGCGCCUACGACUUCCACGCAGAGAACGAGUUCUUCACUGUGCAAGGAAUAGCUUUGAACGAGACAGGGUACGUAAAAUGGUCUCCUGGUGAACCUAACAACCACAGAGAUGAAGAUUGCGUGACUCUGAGAAGAAACGCUAUGUUUAAUGAUGUGAGUUGCAAUCACCCCUUGCAAUUCAUCUGUGAACUGUCUGAAUAAAUAUAAAAAUUCAUCAAAUGUAACGAUCAAUAAACAUUUUUAUUGCAUUUUGAAUUAUUUUUCUGUGUAAUAUAGUUUAAAACGUGAAAUGAUACUAUGAAGUGUAUUACUUUAUUGAUCUUAUUCAUUCAAUAGCAAAAUUAAAAUAUUAUUUUAUUUGUGAUACAUUUGGUAGUGUUUACAUUUGAACUUUUCAGAAUAUAAAAUAUCAAAAAUUAUGUCAAUGAAGACAUAAAUAGACACUCAAUACGAUAAAGCUAAUUAUCCAAACUCAUAAAAGGGCAUUCGCUUAUAAUACAUUUCCACUACUGAGAAGAAUAACUUGGGUUUGAUUUUAAACUACUUUUGUGUUUGUAUUUGGUUAUUUUAAUAAUAACAAUAGCUUGCUACAAUUUCA